CCACACUCCGACCUGCUAAGCGACUCGAACGCUCGUUUAUGCACUGGCCAUUUACAUUACUAUAAUAGUAGUUUAUUUAUUUUUCCAAACAAAUACCGCGAAUAUAGCCACAAAAAACACAGCCAUGCCCUUAAAUAAAUAAGCUCGAGUGGAGGAGGGGAGUGAAGGGUCUGUAUUGAGCGGAGCUGCACUGACUGUUGCAGAUAGGGACAAAUUGGCGCCAUUUUGAAGCCGACAGGAGGAUCACAGUGGUGGGAGAAGCGAGUGGAGCGCGCACUUUUUCCAAAAAGAAAAAGCAGUGAAGGAGCACAAAGACAUCAGCCGAGAAAGUCAACCUGCUGUCAGAGUCGAUCACUGAUUGGAGAGCAUGGCUCACUCCAAGAAUCGAGCCACGGACGGCAAAAUCACCUACCCGCCGGGGGUGAAGGAGAUCUCCGAUAAGAUCUCCAAGGAGGAGAUGGUUCGGAGACUGAAGAUGGUGGUGAAAACCUUCAUGGACAUGGACCAGGACUCAGAGGAGGAGAAGGAACUCUAUCUGAACUUGGCCUUGCAUCUCGCCUCAGACUUUUUCCUCAAACACCCAGACAAAGAUGUCAGACUGCUCGUGGCCUGCUGUCUUGCAGAUAUAUUUCGCAUCUAUGCCCCCGAGGCACCGUACACAUCACCCGAUAAACUUAAGGAUAUUUUCAUGUUCAUAACUCGACAGCUGAAAGGGUUGGAGGACACUAAGAGUGCCCAGUUUAAUCGAUAUUUUUAUCUACUGGAGAACAUCGCUUGGGUGAAGUCCUACAACAUCUGCUUUGAAUUGGAGGACAGUAAUGAGAUCUUUACUCAGCUCUAUAGGACGCUGUUUCAAGUGAUCAACAAUGGACACAACCAAAAAGUCCACAUGCAUAUGGUGGAUCUCAUGAGCUCAAUUGUCUGCGAGGGCGACUCUGUCUCACAGGAACUCCUGGAUACUGUUCUGGUUAACCUGGUCCCAGCACACAAGAAUCUCAACAAGCAAGCGUACGAUCUGGCCAAAGCAUUGCUGAAGAGAACCGCUCAGGCCAUAGAGCCAUACAUUACCAACUUUUUUAACCAGGUGCUGAUGCUGGGGAAGACUUCAGUCAGUGAUCUGUCAGAACAUGUCUUCGACCUAAUCCUGGAGCUCUACAACAUCGACAGCCAUCUACUGCUGUCCGUCCUGCCACAGCUCGAGUUCAAGCUCAAGAGCAACGAUAACGACGAACGCCUGCAAGUUGUGAAGCUCCUGGCCAAGAUGUUUGGUGCGAAGGAUUCAGAGCUCGCUUCACAGAACAAACCUCUCUGGCAGUGCUACCUUGGGAGGUUUAAUGACAUCCACGUCCCUGUUCGACUGGAAUGCGUGAAGUUUGCCAGCCAUUGCUUGAUGAACCAUCCAGACCUGGCAAAAGAUCUCACUGAGUAUUUGAAAGUAAGGUCACAUGACCCAGAGGAGGCAAUUCGACAUGACGUCAUUGUGUCCAUUGUGACUGCUUCCAAAAAGGACCUCUCUCUCGUCAAUGAUCACCUGCUGAACUUUGUGAGGGAGAGGACUUUAGAUAAGCGGUGGCGGGUCCGUAAGGAGGCUAUGAUGGGCCUGGCUCAGAUCUAUAAGAAGUACUCCUUACAGGCGGAGGCCGGCAAAGAGGCAGCCAAGCAGAUCUCCUGGAUCAAAGACAAACUGCUCCACAUUUACUACCAGAACAGCAUCGACGACCGGUUGCUUGUGGAGAGGAUCUUCGCCCAAUAUCUUGUGCCUCACAAUCUAGAGACUACAGAGCGAAUGAAGUGUCUGUAUUACUUGUACGCCACAUUGGAUGGAAAUGCUGUCAAAGCUCUGAAUGAAAUGUGGAAGUGUCAGAACAUGCUGAGACACCAUGUCAAAGAUCUUCUGGAUCUUGUAAAACAGCCAAAAUCUGACUCUUACAACAAGGCCGUGUUCUCAAAGGUCAUGGUUAUCACAAGAAACCUGCCAGACCCGGGCAAGACGCAGGACUUUGUGAAGAAGCUCGCUCAGGUUCUAGAGGAGGACGAGAAGAUCAGAAAGCAGCUGGAGACUCUCGUGAGCCCAUCCUGCUCGUGUAAGCAGGCUGAGGUCUGCGUGAAAGAAAUCACCAAAAAACUGGGCAGCCCUAAACAGCCCAGCAACCCUUUCCUAGAGAUGGUGAAGUUUUUAUUGGAGCGGAUAGCACCCGUUCAUAUCGACACAGAAUCUAUCAGUGCACUUAUCAAACAGGUAAACAAAUCAAUAGAAGGAACUGCUGAUGAUGAAGAUGAGGGAGUCCCGACCGAGCAAGCGAUCAGAGCCGGCCUGGAGCUGCUGAAGGUCCUGUCCUUCACCCACCCUGUGUCGUUCCACUCUGCCGAGACCUUCGAGUCUUUGCUGGGCUGCCUGAGGAUGGACGAUGAGAAGGUUGCAGAGGCCGCACUGCAGAUCUUCAAAAACACUGGCAGCAAACUGGAGGAGAGCUUCCCACACAUCAAAUCAAUCCUGUUACCAGUACUGCAGCAGAAAGCAAAGAAGGGUCCUCCUCGCCAGGCCAAAUAUGCCAUCCACUGUAUCCAUGCCAUGUUCACCAACAGAGACACACACUUUGCACAGAUAUUUGAGCCUCUGCAUAAGAGUCUAGACACAGACAACAUGGAACAGCUCAUCACCCCUUUAACGACGCUGGGACACCUGGCUAUGCUGGCCCCAGAACAGUUUGCAGCUCCGCUCAAAUCUUUAGUGGCCAAUUUCAUCGUUAAAGACCUGCUAAUGAACGACCGGAUUCCUGGCAAGAAAACCACCAAGCUGUGGGUCCCAGAUGAUGAAGUCUCUCCUGAAACAUUGGCUAAGAUUCAGGGUCUGAAACUGAUGGUCAGGUGGCUGCUCGGUGUGAAGAACAACCAGAGUAAAUCUGGCAACUCCACUCUGAGAAUGCUGACGGCUAUCCUGAGCAGCGAUGGCGAUCUGACGGAGCAGGGCAAGAUGGGGAAGCCGGACAUGUCUCGUCUGCGGCUGGCAGCCGGCUGUGCGAUUCUUCGUCUUGCUCAGGAGCCGUGCUAUCAUGAGAUCAUCACCCUGGAGCAGUACCAGCUCUGCGCCCUCGUCAUCAACGACGAGUGCUACCAGGUGCGUCAGGCCUUCGCCCAGAAGCUGCACAAAGGUCUGUGCAGAUUGCGUCUGCCACUGGAGUACCUGGCCGUGUUCACGUUGUGUGCCAAAGACCCGGUGAAGGAGCGCAGGGCGCAUGCCCGUCAGUGCCUGGUCAAAAACAUCAACUUGCGCAGGGAAUACCUGAAACAGCAUGCAGCAGUCAGUGAGAAGCUGAUAUCACUCCUGCCGGAGUAUGUGGUGCCAUAUGCAAUUCACCUUUUGGUCCACGACCCAGACUAUGUGAAAGUCCAGGACAUUGAGCAGCUCAAAGACAUCAAAGAGGCUUUAUGGUUUGUUUUGGAAAUCCUAAUGGCCAAAAAUGAAAACAACAGCCAUGCGUUUAUCCGGAAAAUGGUGGAAAACAUAAAACAGACAAAAGAUGGACAGUGUCCGGACGAUGCCAAGAUCAAUGAGAAACUGUACACGGUGUGCGAUGUAGCCAUGAACAUCGUCAUCUCCAAGAGCACCACAUACAGUCUAGAGUCGCCUAAAGAUCCUGUACUGCCUGCACGCUACUUCACACAACCUGACAAGAAUUUCAGUAACACGAAAAACUAUCUGCCUCCCGAGAUGAAGUCGUUCUUCACCCCAGGAAAGCCUAAGGCAGCAAAUGUGCUGGGCGCCGUGAACAAACCCCUGUCCGCCACAGGAAAACUGCAGACCAAACUCUCACGCAUGGAGACCAUCAGCAACGCCAGCAGCAACUCCAACCCCAGCUCCCCCGGCCGCAGUAAAGGACGACUGGACUCGGCUGAUGUGGACCACAGUGAGAAUGAAGACAUUUCAAUGAAGAGCCCAUCUGAGACAGAAAAGCCCAGCAGGGGGCGCAAGCGAGGCGCUGCAGCCAACCAAGACGACAAGGGCCAGGAGUCCAAACCCAAGCGGGGCCGGAAGAAAGCAGCCAACACGAGCACUGAUGAUGCUGAGGACCAGUGGGGCGAGGACAGCAGCAUGGCAGAGACGACCAUGGAGACCGAAGACGAACAGAACAGCCCACCCAAGAGGGGGCGGCGAGGACGGCCCCCCAAAUCAGCAGCCGCAAAGGAUGAGACACCCGGCAAGGGCAGGAGGGGUCGCAGGAAGACUGCUCCACCUGUAGAUGAGGAGAAUGAGGAAGAGCAGCAAGAGGAAGAGGAGGAGGAUGAGGAGGAUGCAGGAAGUGAGAAUAUGGAGGUGAAGCCCAAAGGCAGGCGAGGACGGAAACCAAGAGCGGAGGUAUCAGAGGCCGCCAGCGAUUCUGUGGAAUCCACACCUCAGAAAAGGAGAGGACGACCUCCAAAGUCACUGACAGCAGCUAGGAAAGCCAGUGGUGGGAGAUCAAGAGCUGCCGCCAACCAGGAAGAGGAGUCUGACGAGGAGAUGGACACAGCCCAACAGAGUGAAGAGGAAGAGGAUGAGUCAGUGGACGCUUCACCUAAAGUGCGACGGAAGGUUGGAAGAAGGGACCGAAGAUGAGAGCUUACAGAGACAAAAUGCAAGAUUGAUUGGAGAUUUACUAUACGUGAGGAAAAAGUCCCAAAAAGAGGAAUGAACUUCUGGAAAGUUUGGACUUUUUGGAGCCAUGCAUUUGCUUCAGCUGUAUUUUGCCGUCUUUUUCUGCCGUAUGCUUCUGCCCCACCUAUCCACCAUGACUCGUGGUUCGUUUUCCAUUUGUUAUGUGUGCCGACCAUGUGAUCUUAAUCUUAUGAGAAAGAAAGUGUAAAUAGUUUUUGGGCUCUUACUUUACCCCCACCCAAGGUUAGGGAGGCAACUUGUAUAGCUUUUACCUCCAGCUUUAAAUAUAUUGCACCAGCUGAUCUGUCCAAGUAAAAGAAAAAAAAAUCUGAAAAACUUUUAGCAGUACUGUAUGUGUCCUGUGUGUCUUCUGUAUAUCAUUCUGUACUGUGCUACACAAAUAACCAUUUUGUAGUUCCUUUUUUUUUUUUAUUUGUUCGUCAUUUUAUCCUUUCCUUUUUUAACCCUACUCAUUUGUGUAAUUCUUGUGUGCAUAUGGUUGUGCAUGUGCAAAUGUGCCUCUGCAGAUAAAAGAAACACUGGUCUGACGAUAAAUUCAUGUAUUUGUUACAUUUUACAGCCCAGUAUUGAUUUUAUCAGUGUUUGAAAGGGGGAGGAGAUGGUACAGAGCAUUGGUUUUAAUAUUGGCUGUGUUGGGAAACAUUUGAAGAUUCUUCCCCCCCCACCACCAAAAUCAGUUUUUCAGUCUGCUGAACCAAUAAAAUAUUCUGUAUAAAUAA